ACGGAUUGACUUCGAUUUGUCGUUAUCGUAUGAAUGGGUCAUGCCCUGCGGGGUUGGGUUCAUCAAAACACCACCACACAGUUACCUUCGAUCGCACUCCACUCAUUCAAAGCCUACUCUAUCAAUCCACAAGCAGACGUGAAUCUGUACUUGGCGCGACAGCAACUUAUCCACAAAUUUCUGUCAGUUGCACUUGUCGCCAUGUUUAUAACCGUUCGGUUUGGAGAUGACAAGAGUGAAUUGUUCAACCCUAAUUGCCGAAACGUGAUUUUACUGGACAAUAUCAGAGAAAGAUGUAACUGUGACGAGGAUGAUGUGAUAGAUUUGUCAGAUGAGAACGGAUCUGUUGCCAAUUUGCCGGGUCAUCUGGAUGAUUAUGGCAAGAACUUCCUGACUGACAGGGGCUCUUUUAUACUCGUCAGAGUAGAACGAGAUGGGGACGAAGGUGACGAUGAUCGUUUUACAUACAUCCCACUCUUACAAGGAAUAGACGAUGAUAAAGAAUUUUUAUCACGAUUAAAUCCCAAACCAACGAAGGGAGGAGAGAGAGGUAAAGGAAGACGAAAGGGUGAUCGAUCAGGAUCACCAUCCUCAGCGAAGGGUGACAGGCGGAAAGGACGUCAGAAGCAAGAAUCACAGAGUAGACGCAGCGGGGGUACGGCAUCAAGAAAUACACCCUCCAAACGAUGACGUCACAAAGGAGUCGUAAUAUAUCGCAGUCGCGAUUUGGAGUUCUCUUUUGUUUAAUGGAUGCUGUAAAUAAGGAUUGCCUUGUUGUCGAAAAGACAUGAACAUUUGCCUUGGAAUUGAUAGGUGCAUAUUGAAACCGAAUCAGUAAGAAUUAUUAUCUCUUUCAGAAAAAAAUGUUGUGUGAGUGACUGCUUUGCUACACUGGAUGUGUUUGUGACAAAGCCCGAGAUUAACUUUGUAUG